AUGAAUACUGUAUGCUGGACUCGACUCGCUGGUGGAGCCGAUCAAGUAAUAGCUCGACAAUCAUGUCAAGCUGCCAUACUAGGCUUUCCUCGCAAACACAAACAGAAACUGCAAGUUGAAUCCAUAUCAUCAACAACCACUCUAUUGCCCGAUUCAACACAUCAAUCGCUACUCUUGCCACUAGGCACUGAGCCGAAAUUUACUGUAUUUGGUGGUGGUGGGAAUGGUGGUAUACAAGAAUCUGCCGCUGUCUAUUCAUUUGAAACGAGUGAAUGGUCUAGCUUACAGCCUGUAGUUACGCCAUGGGAUGACGCUACAAAAGAAUUGCUACAUGCAGAACCUCGUUACUCUGCUGCUAGUGCUUUUGUCUCUGAUGGCACCUUUUUAUAUUCUUUUGGAGGAUUUGUAACGAAGGACGAGACUGUCAUUACUACAAAUCAGCUCGUGAAAUACUGCCCACAAACAAACACAAUGACGUUCCUAUCCCCGCCAAUCGAUACUCCCGAUACACCAUCUCCACGUGUCGGAGCCUCCCUAAUCCACUAUCCUGGAAACGAUGAAACAGCACCUCGACUGCUUUUAUUUGGUGGACUCGUCGACAAGCUAAAAGUAAGCAACGAUGUAUGGUCUUUCGACUUGAUUACAUCCACAUGGUCGCAUAUAACCAUUACUGGCUCUACCAUCCCAACACCACGAGAAUCACAUGCUGCUGUCUAUGUCCCAGCACAACAAAAUCAACACAGCUAUAUGAUUAUACAUGGAGGCAAUACAGGAGAUGUGAAAUACAAGAGACGACGAUUAGCAGACAUGUAUAAACUUGAUUUGGAGACUUGGGAAUGGGAACAAUUGCUACCAAAAGUAGAAACGUGUCGACCUAAUGCCAGAUCAUUCCAUACUGCACAUUUGAUACAGGAAUUGGAUGGGAUUAGUAGAAGAAUGGUUUCAGUUGGUGGACGUGGGGAUGCGGAUGAUGGUGCUUAUGAGAAUUUGUCUGAAGUGUGGAUAUAUUCUAUUGGCAGUUCAGAAUGGUCUUACACACGAGCUCAACAGAGUCAAGAUGAUGGCACGAUAGAAGGACGAUCACAGCAUGCCUCUGUGGCUGUUGGAAACCGAUUAUUCCUAUUCGGAGGAAGCUCAUCCAAAACUGCCGUAAACACACUAGACAUGUUGGAUGUCGGUCCACCAAAACCGUGCACUUCAGUCGUUGCCACACCUACUCCUGACAACAAAUUGAAGCUUACAUGGCAAGAUCCUUAUCAUAGUAAUCACUACCGGAUAUACAUACGACCACUCAAUAGUCCCGAGAUUGCUCAUCUAGCUGUUGAAAUUCACGAAACUACACGGUGUGAAUUAGACUCGUAUCAAGUCAAUUUGAAUGAUGACGAUACAGAUGAAAAUAAUGAUGCUGGUGAUAAAGGAGAUGAUACAGAGUCAUUGUUUUUGAAUCCGGGUAUUGCGUAUGAAGUAUGGGUGACGGCUGUAAAUAUUGCUGGUGAAAGUUUGAUAUGGGAACGAGAAACCCCGCUCCACAGCAUUGGACGGGCAGUAGUCACCAUGUUGGGAGAGCCAGCCGAAGCAGAAGAAGGUGUCCCUCAUGAUUCUGACGAUAUAUUACCCGAAGCCAUCAUGUGCUGGGAUGUCGUCCAUACUUUGUGGCCAAACACAACCACUUCAAAAGCCUGGCGUGAUACGAAUAGCAACUUUUGUAGAGAUCAAAAAAUCGAACCCCGCAUGCACGGACCAACGAGAAUACGCGGUAAAGCUGGCUCUGGUCGUGCAUCAUAUAUCUUCUCUCGUGAACUUAUAGCCUCCUAUCUUGAAACCAUCGAAGCCCGUUUCGCCAUGCAAGCUCCUGAAAAUUGGCGUCGGCUGUUGGCAGACAAUCUUGACGGCCCUGCAACAGGAUCUGUAUCUAAGCGAGGUCCUGGUAAAAAGGGUGGUGUCGCUGCUGCCAAUGUUGAUGACGAUGAAGGUGAUAAUAGUAAUGACAUACGUAGUGAUGAAGUAGUCAAUGAAGAUGCAGGUGAUGGUGCACUUCUAUCGGCUAUGAUUGCCGAAGAUGCAGCAGAUGAUGAUGACGAUAUGCAAUCUGAAUGGGAGGAUGCUGCUCCGCCCGGUGUACUAUAUCCAAGAUCGCCAGUCAAACCUAAGCUCACCAUUAAUCUUCGAGCACCAGCACCCCCACAACCAUCCGAUAACGCUGCUCUCUUCCCAGAAACUGAGAAGCCGGUAGCGACUACACGAUCGGGUCGAGCUAUAAGAGUCAAGCCUGAUGUUGCUAGAGAAAUGAUAAAGCUGGUCAAAAUUAACGAAAAGAAGGAAUUACAGAAACGUAAGCGAGGAAGUGCUCGGGAUUCUGCUGACGAUGACUAUGACGUUGUUACUCCGAAACCAGCAAAACGAGGAGGACAUCGUCAACAGCAGCCACAACAAGAAGAGUCUCCUCUCACUCCACGUGAACGAGAUGAUAGUACCAAUGCAACAAUUAAUAAUGAUGUUACAGAGGAAGUUGAGUCUCCACCACGUAAAAAGGUACGUGCUGCAAAUGCAGCUUCAGCAGCAGCACCAGAAAGUAUACCACAAGAGCAGGCAGAGGAGAAUGACUCUACUGAAGAGACCAAGGAAACAGUAGACGAAUCCGUAAUUCCUCCAUCCGAACAGCAGGCACCACCGAUAAUGCCAAACGACAAUGAUCAACUCGCCGACUUCCUCAUGGCCCUUCAACAGCAAAAUCCACAUAUGAGUAAUGAAGAAAUUCAGACCGUCUUGUCUGCAUAUGCACAGCAAGCUGGAGGGUUAUCAACAGCCAUGGACUAUGAAAUGCAACAACAGGAGUCACAGAAUAUUAAUAAUGAUGAACGUCGUGAUAGCAUUUCGAACGAUGCACCACCCAUGUUUUCACCGAUUUCUGACCGUGCUCCAACGGAUUCACCAUUAUCGGCGAGGUCUCCUGAUGACGAAGAGCCUGCAGGCAGCAGUGCUAUGGAAAUGGAUGUAGAUCUUCCACCAGAAGCAUCAGACGAAGAAGCUUUUGCGAGUACUGAUAUUGCAGAGCAAUCGACUGGUGGUGAUUUGGAAGGUGGUAGCAGUAGUAGUAAACCUGCUGAUGGUGGUUUUGAGUCUGUAUCUGGUGUUGAUGAUGAAGUGCCUGAAUCCGAUAGUUUGCAGCUGCAAGAUGGUGGUGAGGGACUCAUAACUGCUGAGAUGGAUGUAAGCCAGACGAGUCAUGUAGAAGUGCCUGUUGAUGAUGGUGGGGAGCAGAUUGUAGAUACAAGUAUGGAAGUAGUUGCUUCUUCGACGGCCACCUAUGAGAACAUUGAAGAUACGACGGGUAAUGAAGUCGCCGCUCCAUCAGCAACUGCUGAUGAGAAGAUUGAAGAUACUGCUCAUAUUGAGACUGCUGCUGAAGAUUCGAGUAUAAAUCAAAGUGAAGAGGUUACUCUGCCAACAGUCGCUGAUGAGCAGAUUGAAGAUACGACUCCCAAUGAAGUCGUCACUCCAACGACCAUUGACGAGAAGAUUGAAGUCACCUCUAUGGAUAAUAGUACUGAAUUAGUCCUUCCCUCUACAAUCACUAAUGACGUCUCCGCUCCACCACCUGCUACUGAAGUUACUACUAUAGAUCAUCAAGAAGUAGUCACUCCGUCAAUAGCUGUUGAAGACACGACUAUGGCUGAGAGUGAAGUAGUUGCUCCAUCAACUGCAGCUGAAGAUACUACUAUAGAUCAUCAAGAAGUAGGCGCUCUGUCAACGGUUGUUGAAGACACGGGAAUGGCGGAGAGUGAAGUAGUUGCUCCAUCAAAGGUUGCUGAGGAUACCACUAUGGCUGAGAGUGAAUUGGCUGCUGAGCGGGACGCAGUGGCUCCAGCAUCUACUGUUGAAAAUACGACUAUGGCUGAGGAUGAAGCAAUUGCUGCACCAUCCGAUACCAAACCAGAAGGUAUUGCAGUGGAUGAAAGUGAACAACCAGGCAGUGAAUCAUCUAUAGAAACCGAUAAAUUAAAUGAUGCUGCAUCAACUACGGAAGUAGAUGAGGGUAAACCAACGACUCUAGAUGCAAAACCGGACGCUGAAGAGUCUGGAGUUGAACCAACAUCAGCUGAUGGUAGUAGUCCACAAGCAGACCAAUCACAGACCGAAGAAACCGCCACUAGCAAUAAUAAUAAUAUCAACACAACAUCUACAGCCACUGAGUCAUCAGAAAUCAAGAUAGACACCCCAGUACCUGCUACUAGUGCACAAACACCACCAAUUACAGCAUCGGAAGUAGCAGAACAACCGAAAAAGAGGGGUCGCCCUGGUCGUAAACCCAAAGAUCAGACGACAGCAUCGAAAUCAUCACCACCAGUAGCUGCCUCAGCUCCAUCUCGUAGAUCAACACGUAAUGCAAGAACUACGGAACGUGAGGAUUCACCUGCUACAGGCGACGAAGCUCCAGCUCCUCCCAAUACUACUACUAGAAGGUCAGGCCGUGGGCGCAAGUCUGCUGCUAGAGCGUCUAGUCUGGUGGCUAGUGAUACUGUAGAUUCGAACUCAGCAGCAGGUGAUGACAACGAAGACGACGCUAACAAAGCGGAUGUGUAA